AUGGUAUAUCGUCCCAUCUCUGAUCUCAUAACAUUCACAUAUAUCAUCACAGAUAUUCUCCCAUAUUUUCAGUCGCUACUAACGAUCGGCCUGUGCAUCGUGACUGACUAUCAAAAGCUGCGGCGCUACUUUAAUCAGAUCAAGUAUACUGAUGCUCAUUUAAUGUUUAAGAAAGAAGACAACAUGAAAAUGUUGGGAGGAUUCCUGCUGGCUGUACACCUGGCUGUGGCAGUUGCAAUACUCGCCACCAGUGCCCAAAAUUCAUACGGGAUGUAUUCGGGCCCGCUGAUAAUAUAUUUUUUGUUAUCCGACUGUUUGACGACGUUGCAGUUCGUUCUGCUAGAACUCGAAUUGUGGGUGCGGUUCCGCUCCCUCAAUUCCCGCCUCACUGAGGUGAUCCCAGCGUGCCUCACACCAGUGUCACUGCAUCGGCCCAUAGCGUCAUUUUCGCCACCUCCUGGCAGACUUCACCAGUUGUUAGAGGCAUACAUGUCACUGUACUACGCUGAACAGCUGCUGCAGGACCAUUUUGGAGGGCCGGUGGCUAUCAGCGUAGCUCAGUCGGUGAGCUGCUCCACACGAAGUGCCUACGAAGUGCUGCUGAAACAGCUGAAACCUCAGUGGACAUCACAGCUGCACCUCGGCCCCUCCGUGAGCAACACAGUCAUGUGGCUGACGUUUCACUGGCUACGACUGUCCACGGUCGCUCUGUCGUGUGCGGCGGUGGAACAAGAGGCGGCUGCUACUAUUGCCCUCUUCCUGAAGGCCUCUGUGGCGUCUGAGGGCCACUGUCCAGAACUGGAGGCCUUCUUGCCGCUCCUGGUACACAGUCCUCCACUGCGCUUCUCUGCCGCCGGUUUCUUCACGGUCGACCGGCGACUCCUGGUGUCUGCAUUAGCCAUUGUCAUCACAUACGUCGUCAUCAUGGCUCAGGUUACCUCUGCACAGUAA